CGGCGCAGUCGUGUCUCUCUCCUCCGAACGAGUCGCCAGUCACCGCACAAGAGCCGGAGCGAGAGGACGCUACUCCCGUGUCAUCCCCGUCCGCCUCGUCGCCAUCGCCUUGGAAGUGUGCGUCAAGAACUCCAACUUCGAGGGUCCCUGUGAGAGAUGUCAUUAGAGGAUCUGCUACUGGACGUGGCUGGGAAGCUGGCGUUCGUGGAGAACUCGCUCUCUCAGGCGGAGGAAUGCUGUAAAAGGCUUCAGGAUAAUGCACAAAAGAUAAAAGAUCAAAUUCAUGAGGUUGUAGAGAGGCAGGUGGUCUCACUAAGGGGACGCGAGAGACAGCUGGUGCGGCAGGUCGAGGUGGUGACAGCUCAUCAAGCAUGUUUGCUGGGGACGCACCAAGCUGGCUUAGUUCAUAGCAAAGGAGCCCUCACUGCUACCCGCGACCUCCUCCAGCGCUGCUCACCGAAUGACACCAGCACACUCAGCAAGAUCAAAGUGGAUGACGUAAGCUCUCGCAGUGCAUGCCCUGUCAACUUUGUGUCGGUGCAGCUCGACGAAUCGGCCAUCAGUGCAGCGGUAGCUGAAUUUGGCCAAGUUCGGCUUCCUGACACCAUCACUCAUCAUUCAUCACCAGUCAUCCCAGCAAAAGUUGAAGAGUAUGAGGAUGCACAACACGAUGUCCUUCACAAGAGUGUAGCAGGAGAAUCGUCUGGACCCGACUCCCCUCUGCGCGUGACUGUUACUUUCCCUCGGUUAACAAACCAGAACUGGCUUGCAAAGGACAAGAAGACAACAGGUUUAAUCCAGUCAUCUAAAGCAUAUAUUGAUAACAGAAUGAACACUCACGGCCAGUCAGGAGACAUCACCUCGUGGUUGAGCAGCCUCCAACUAGCCGGGGCGCAGGAGGAAGAUGAUCAGCCCUCCACUCCCGGAAGUUUGGACAGCUAUGACAUUGUGGGGAACCGCGCCCACUCCGUGCGGACCUCGGAGUGCUCCAGCAUCGAAAUUGUCCCGAGCCACUGUGAUUCUGAGAAGAACGACUUUAGUCCUCCAAGCUCUGUCUGUGAGAUUGAAAACUUGCAUCAGUUUGUUGGAGAAAAGUCACGCUGGCUCUGUCAGGAUAAUUCACCUUCGCCAAAGCUGACCUUGGAGAACAUGAAGAUGAAGUCGAUUUGCCAGGCAAAUGAGGCCUGCUCCACGCUCUCUGCAUGUCUGUUCCAGAACAGCUGUGGAGAAUUGGCACUGGAGAAAGCCCAGCAGUCAGCAGCUUUUAAGGCUCGCAUGCGUCGCAAGAGGACCAUCUCCAAGACUGGUGGUGCUGAGGAAGUGCUGGCUCAUGUGAUGGAAAUCAGAUCUUCAGAAAACUCUCAGUGGCUCUUGAAGCAAGGAGGAAGCCCAGUGUUCCCCAGGCCAGUGAAGCGAGCCAUGUAUGAGCUGCCAUCGGCCAUGUGGCUGAGACAGACCCCUCCAGUUCCUAACACAAGAACACCUGCAGUUGUUCUAACUACUCACUCCAACAUCUGGCUUCUUAGCAAGCUGAAAAGUCAGAAGGAGAAACUAAAGCAGGAGAAAGACGAAUCAGAAAUUGAGAAGGAUGAGGAUGAGAAGGAAAGCAGAAUUACUACAAAAGACUUGGCCAACGCUCUGGAGAAGGUCAGCAUGACCUCAGAGACACCCAGUUUUUCAGCGGGAAGGUUGAGCCCAGUGGCAGACGCGCAGUCAUGGCUCUUCCCAAAGAAGUUCGGCCAUACUAUACAGGCACCAGAUAAUAAGUUAGUCGAAAUGGGUUACGAGAAUAAGAACCGCUGGUUAGUUUAUUCUUCUCUGAAAAAUUCCACUUUAAGUACUGGCAGCAAGUUAGCCUCUCCACUUCCAGAACCUGUAUUGGAUGUAGCUCAAACUGGCAUAAAUAACUGGUUAAUGAAGAGAUUAUAAUCUUUAGAAAAUUUAUUGUGGUAAUAACUACGUUGCCUAUAUUCAUAUCCCAGCUGCUGGUUUUAAAAAAUAGGAAUCCAGUGUGGGAAAAGUAUAUAUAGUGGAAUUAUAUAUUCACAUUAGAGAUAUGUAUAAUUUUUAUUACUGCUUUAGCUUAACAUUUUUCCUUUCUCAUACUCAGUAAUUACUUAUUUUAUUCAGAAGAAAAUUAUAUAUGCAUCAAUGCAAUGCAUCCAGGUUUGGUAAUUAAUAAGUUACUUUUUCCGAAGGAUGUCUGUAUUUCAAAUGUACUGGUUUGCAUUGAGAGGAAAAGAUGUGACAUAUUUUAUAUAUAAUUUUUAUAUACACAUUUGUAAACACUUCACAUUAUAGUCUAUCUCAUCUUGUAUAUGCAUUGUGGAUUAUUUUACAAAUAACAGAUUUUUUAUCUGUUUUAAAAUGCGAGAAGGUUAUAAUAUUAGAAAAUUUGCUUGAUUAUUUUCAUAUCUGCAAGCAUAUAAUAUGAAGAUCACCUAUCAGAUAACAUUGGAAUAUGUGUUAGAUUUGAUUUUGUUUUGCAAUAUGAUAAAGCCUGUGCAAGUAGGCUAUGUGUAAACGUAACUUCAGUUUUAGAAUGUGAAUUCCAAAUUUCUGAAAUGUUUUAAUUAUGGUUAAUUGAUUUCUACAUCAUGUAGAAGUAUUUUUAAUGGAACCUAUUUCUUUUAACUUCAAAGCUGCAUAGAGUGACCUGGUAAAUCUGCAGUUAAGUAGAUUGUUACAUUGUCAAAUUGUGAUAAGAGAUAGGAAUAUAAUGUGAAAAAUUGUCUCAUACCGACACAUGUACAUUCACAUUUAUACACUUGCACACACACGCACACAAACGCAUAUGGAUACAUGAUUUUUUUUCUUAUUUUCAACUAGGCAAGUGAGUGGCUUAGUUUGUGUGUAAUCUCAGGUCGGUGUAGACAAAAGCAUUUUCGUGCUGCAGAGUGCGGUAUCUGGUGUUCUAAAUGGCACAUUUACCCCUUGGGAUGUCAGUAAUUGUGAAAACGGGGAAUCAGUUAUGUCAAAAAUAUUUUGCUAUUUAUAAGAAAUUCUUUGACUGGGAGACAAAGCACUGUCAAGGGCCCAUCUGGUUGACUGGAUGCGGUGUUCAUCAACCAUAUUUGGAGUCUGUGAAGACAUGCUUUUUUUAAGGUUUCAUUCAUUUGAAAGUCUGUUAUUAAAGGAAUUGCAUGAUGCAGAGAAGGCCAGUGUGCCUUUUUGUAUUUUGCUCACCAUAUACUAGAUAAAAAAGGUUUCGAGAUUAAUUCUGGAAGAUUUUUUUUUAAGGUUUUAAAGUUUUUCAGAUUGCUUACUGAUGUCGGAAACAAGUCAGUGCUGCCAUGUUCAGAUGCAAUUAUUCAAAGCCUU